AUCCUAAGUUUUUUGCUUUUCCCAUUCUACCAAAGUUUAUCAACACACAUCUUGCUUCAUUAUCUUCAAUACUAACACUAAUAUUUUUAUCAUACCAUAACACAAAAAUGAUACAAAGUACUCCUUCACAAUUAGGUCCACCACAUGAAGCUAUGUUCUUGAUCUUGCCUUAUCUCCCUAUAUUUGAACUUUUAUCAAUGUUUCAAGUUUGCAAGUCAUUUAGAAAUGCUCUAAAACAUGACAUACUCCCAUGGUUAAAUAUCGUCGUCGAAAAGCCGUUAAAUAGUCGAUUUUCUGAUGAUUUUUUGGUGAAAAUAAUGUCUAAGGCAAAGGGUCGAUUGAAUGUUGUUGCUCUGAAAAAUUGCUUUAAGAUAACAGAUGAUGGAGUUCUACAAGUUAUUGCAAGUAAUCCUCAUAUCAACAAGCUAUAUUUACAAGGGUGCACUAGCUUAACCAUUGAGGGAGUCAUUAGUGCAGUAAAAUUGCUCACCAAACCAAACCAUAGGCUAACAACCUUAGCUAUUUCUGGCAUCUACAAUGUGAAAACAGAGGAUUUUCAAACACUCUGUCAUCUAUUGGGAAUGAAUCAAAUGCAAAUGAAAGAAAUAAAGAAGAAUUACUACAACAUACGACACGAAUUACACGCGUUUAAACAAGAAUCUCAGCCUUCAAUCGACGUAGAUAUAUGUCCGAAAUGUGGAGAAAUAAGAGAAGUUUUUGAUUGUCCAAGAGAUUCUUGUAAGAGGAGAAUGCAACAACAACAGAAGCAGCUACUUAUAGAGUGCAGGGGAUGCUUCCUCUGUGUCACAAGAUGUGAAGAGUGUGGUGUAUGUACCAAAGAUGAAGAAUUAGGUGAAGCAGCUUGUGUAGAUAUAUUGUGCUUGAAUUGUUGGCUUCAUCUUCCAAAAUGUAAUUUUUGUAACAAGGCAUAUUGCAACCAACAUGCUUACCAGCAGCAUGUUGGCUCUUCUUCAGGGUUCUUGUGUAGUGAUUGUAGUUUUCAUGCAACACAAAGUUCAUAUUAGUGGUUUUAAAAAUGUAUAUUGCUUUUGGACAGACGAAUUCAUGAUUUUAAGUUUAUGGAUUGUGGAUGUUAGAACAGAUAGUAAUUAGUGCUCGAGUUCGACAUAAGACUAUUCAUAGAUAUUAGGUGGAUUUCUUAAUAGAAAUACAAAGUUUGUAUUAAAGUGCUA